UCGCAGCCCUGAUGGCUCUUUGGACUAACUGAGGGGUUAUGGCGAAUCCAGCAACCUCUGCUCUGCGCCUGGCUGGGGCUGUCCAGGGUAUGGACAGGCAAGUGUUGUACAGGCAAGGUGUGACACCCGCCCACAGAGCUUCAGAGAGGAAUGGGCACCCCUGGCCACAGUGAUAUAAAAACAGGAUGGAAAAAGCACCCAGAGAUGCCGUUCCUGCUCCCGAAGCUUUGGCAGUUUGGGAGCUCCCCUCUGCAGCUAACGGCAAUUAAGCUCCCCAGAACGAAGGAUUUUCCUGUGCACCAGGACAAAGUCAGGCCCAGACGUUGGCAGCAGCCAAGGAAGUGCCCGGCCAAGGGGAUGCCUGGUCGGAGGAGCCCUGGAUGUCUCCACCUGGCUGGUACCUCAACAUGCAGCCAUGCCGGUGGGAGCAACGGAGGGUCCCGAUUCUUUGGCUUCUCCUUCUUUUCAAGCAGGUGUAAAUGAAUGGGGUCCCUGUGAAAUCAGCACCGUCCUGGCUGAACAUGGCAGAGCAUCCCAGCAAGCAGCCCUGGGUGGGGGGGACAGAAUGGGCCACGUCUGAGCAUCACCCCCUCUUCCUCCACUCCGGGCUGCUCCUUCCUCACCCUCGCUUGGAAAGCAAAGGCCACGUACGCAUUUGUGGACGUGAAGGUGGUGAGUUGGGAUCCCAGAUGCCACUGCUGCUGACAGGCAGGACCCAGCGAGGGAGAAAAAACCCAUUUCAGGCACAAGGAGAAUGAGGGCAAGGAGUCCCACCGGGCUCACGUGGGUACCGGCAUCGCCUUUCCGCCCAGCUCAGGAGAGGUACGAGCAUCCCCGUGCUGCUGCGGCCAUGCGCCCGCAAGAGGCGAAGGGGCAGCACCGCCGGGCAGCCCCCGGGCAGCGGAGCUGAAGGAGGAGGAGGAUGGAGGCAAGGGGACCGGGCACCCCACGCGUUGGAGGAGGAUGAGGAUGAUGCAAAAGCCGGAUCCUCAUAGCGUGGGAAAGACGCAAGCUGCCGGCAUCCGACCCGGGGAUUUAUGCUGCUAAUCUGAUUAGUGUAUGAUGGACGUGUCCAGUUGGAAGGAGAUGGAGGUGGCACUAGUCAGUUUUGACAACGCUGAUCAAAUCGUGGAGGAUCCCUGUUAUUCAAAUGACCUCAGUCCUGCCAGCCAGUCGCGGAAAGGCCAUCCCAGCUGCGCCAACCUCCUCUCCAACUUGAGAAUCCUCAUCAACAGCGAAAACGCCAACAAUGAGACCAUUUUCUCCAGGUUCUCUGCCGAGUUCAGUGAGCACCUGGUGGGGGAGAGGGUGGGCAUGGAUGAGGGGGACCAACGAGUCAUCAUCAACAUCGCUGGGCUGAGGUUUGAGACACGGCUCAAGACCCUCAACCAGUUCCCUGAGACCUUGCUUGGGGACCCGGAAAAGAGGAUGCGUUACUUCGACUCCAUGAGGAAUGAAUAUUUCUUCGAUAGGAACAGGCCCAGUUUUGAUGGGAUCCUGUACUAUUACCAGUCUGGAGGGAAAAUACGGCGCCCGGCCAAUGUCCCCAUUGAUGUCUUUGCUGAUGAAAUCACCUUCUAUGAGCUGGGUGAUGAAGCCAUGGACCAGUUCAGGGAGGAUGAAGGGUUCAUCAAGGACCCUGAGACCCUUUUACCAACCAAUGACUUUCAUAGGCAAUUCUGGCUGCUCUUCGAGUACCCUGAAAGCUCCAGUGCAGCCAGGGGUGUAGCUUUGGUCUCCGUCCUGGUCAUUGUCAUCUCCAUCAUCAUCUUCUGCAUGGAGACCUUGCCGGAGUUCAGGGAGGAAAGGGAGUUUAAGUCCACCCAGGAGCUUUCUAAGAAUCUGACAGACACCUUGCUGGCCCACAGUACCUUCACAGACCCUUUCUUCGUCAUAGAGACUGCCUGCAUCAUCUGGUUCUCCUUCGAGCUGUUUGUCCGGUUCAUCGUGUGCCCCAGCAAGACUGAGUUCUUCAGGAACAUCAUGAACAUUAUCGACAUUGUGUCCAUCAUCCCCUACUUCGUGACGCUCACCACCGAGCUGAUCCAGCAGAGCGAACUCAACGGGCAGCAGAACAUGUCCUUGGCCAUCCUGCGGAUCAUCCGGCUGGUCAGGGUCUUCCGCAUCUUCAAGCUCUCCCGGCACUCCAAGGGGCUGCAGAUCCUGGGGCAGACCCUCAAGGCCAGCAUGCGGGAGCUGGGCUUGCUCAUCUUCUUCCUCUUCAUCGGCGUCAUUCUCUUCUCCAGCGCCGUCUACUUUGCAGAAGUGGAUGAGCCGCAGUCCCAUUUCUCCAGCAUCCCUGACGGCUUCUGGUGGGCCGUGGUCACGAUGACAACUGUUGGCUAUGGAGACAUGUGUCCCACCACCUUGGGUGGGAAGAUCGUGGGGACUCUGUGCGCCAUUGCAGGGGUAUUGACCAUUGCGCUGCCCGUCCCCGUCAUCGUCUCGAACUUCAACUAUUUCUACCACAGGGAGACAGAGAACGAAGAGAAGCAAAUUCUGCCUGGGGAGGUGGAGCGAAUACUCACCAGCGUGGUGACGGGAACCGGCAGCAUGGAGUCACUCAAUAAGACCAAUGGGGGUUACCCUCGAGACAAGGCCAAAAAAUGAUGGUCAAGGCCAUGACGGGACUGGGCACUGUCAGGUGGGAUUGGCUGGAUAAGGUAUAAAACAUCUGCACGCUGUGAUUUUUUUUUUUUUAAACCAAAUGUGCUGCUGCUGCUUUUUUUUUUUUUCUAGACAUUUUUCAAUCUCUGAUUUCCUGUGGCUAUUCAAAUAAAUACCAUCUUUCUUAUCUCUCUUCCCUGCCCAUCAGUCUGGUUUUUAUGAUUUGAUGCUCAUCUGCUUGACAUUUAGCUUCUCUGUCCAUGGCGUCAGAGCGGAGUUUCCCAUAUACAGAGAUUUCCCCCAUUUACCAGAGGGGAAAAAAAGGGCAAAAUGAUGUGAAAUGCUUUGCUUGGUGGUACCCAGCUGUCCAAGGAUGAAGAUGGAGCCAGCUCCCUGCUUUUCUUAAUCCUUUUUAAAUAGUUCCUUCCCACCCACCGCUCAGGAUCUGGGGGCUGACCAUUUCCCAGAUCUGGGAUUGCUCUGGCUGAAAAAUAAGCUGGUAAAAAAAAAUUAAAAGUUAUAUUUCUAGCUGGAUGACUUCCCUGGUCUGCCUGCCUAAAUAAUUUGGUUGGCACAGCAGGGUGGGCCGUGAUGGAUGGGACCAAGCCACCAGGUGAGGGGAUUAGGAGGAGAGGGAUGGUGACCGGUCAUGGUGGCACGGCCACCAAAAAAGAUCCAGGGCACCGUGGCUCAACACCCACUGGGGCUUCUGAUGGAAAACUGUGCUCUGAGAGAGGGAAGGGGAUUUGUUCUGCAACAAAUGCUUGUCUCAGGGGUUAUCUGGUGUACAAGUGCCCUUGGGGACGAGCCACCAUGACCUUGUAGCUUUUAUUGUCACUUAUAUUGCUGCAAAUGGGCACAGACUAAUGAGGGCUGACAUUCCCCGACAGCUUGGCUUUGCAUUGUAAAAAGGCACUUCUGGUUUUCUAAAACAUGCAAAUUUCCAUCAGCAAUUUUGAUGGGAGAAACCAGCAACAGAUCAUUUUGCCGUUCUCUCUAGUGCCAGCAGGUUUCCUUCCGACAAAAACAUUUUGUUCCAACUUCACUGUUUCACUUGGCUUUUUUUGAUGUUUCUGCCUACAUUAAAAUCACAGUUUCUCAUGCAGUGUCUACACAUCCGCUUUUAUAUCCCACAUCUGUUAUACUUGAUGUCUCAUCUCCUAAAGGUUCGACACGAUCAUUACACAAUGUGCCAGCAUCUCUGGUUUGCAGUUUCAUUCAGAAAGGACCGGUGAAAGAUGGAUUCUUUUAAUUCCUGGUCUGAUGGAAAAUGCAAGUUUGGGCUUGCUGGGAUUUUCCCCAUGGCAGAAAUCCUGCAGCCCUGGUCUGGGGGGUUGUAAUUUUGGGACUGGGGGUUUUUUUGUGGACUGUCUUUCUGCAGUGAGGUCUUUUGCACUCCAGGGAGAUGGCUCUAGGACAUGACCAGCACAGCUCCUUCAGGAGAGAUUUUUUCCCUCUGGGAGAAAUCCCACUUUUCACCUGCUCUCCAUGUUUUUUUCCCAUCCCUCCAUCAUCUUCUUCCCCACCCCAUCCCUUGUAACCCCCAGAUCAUCAUCCUGGACAGGAGGAGGAGCUGGGAGAGCUAUUUAAUCUCCUUCCCACUGUGUUCAAGUUCUCACCAUCUGUGGGGAUGGCUGGAGGAGGCACAGCUGGGCACAGCUGGAGACCAGCACCCUGAGACAUCCCCAGCUGCUCUCCCUUCACCCCUGAAUUCUCUCCAGCAGCUCUGCCACAUCACUCUCUUUAUUUCAUAGCAGGUUCUUUCUCCUUUUCCUCUAGAAAUCUUGAACUUUUUACAUUCUUUUAUUUUUUUGGCACUCCCCAAACUGCACUCCCAGCCUGUCAAAGCUGAAGCACUUUUGGUGUUUAUUCCUUGGAAGUCACCACGAGAAACCCUGGUGAAAAGAUUUGGGUUGGGAAACAUUCAGCCUGCUCGCUAUAAGCACAUCUUCACUGCUCCUGCUCCCUUAGCAAACGGGGACCAAAAUGGUGCUGGGAUGGAUGGAUGGAUGGAUGGAUGGAUGGAU